UCACGUCAUGCAAACAACCUUCAUAUUUACGACAGUUGCUCGUUUUGCGGCACAAAUUAUCCGGAAGUGAACGCUUCAUCUUGAUUCAGAGCCAAAAGUAGGCGUUACUUAUUAGUCAUAUUCAGGUGAUUAUUUUGGCGCCGUGACGCGUUUUGGGGACGUGUCUUAUAUUCUUUGUCCACCCAAGCGUGCAGAGGACCUCCUAAACUUCCAUACUCAUCUCAGAAGAACCAAUACCAGUGAGGAUGCCUCCCAUCGGUGCCCCUCCCCCUGUCAACCCUGCCAGUAAGGUGGAGCUGCGUGUGUCGUGUGCCAGCCUGCUGGAUAAGGACGCCCUCUCCAAGUCUGACCCCAUCUGUCGGCUCAAGAUGUUCCAAGGAGGGCACUGGUAUGAGACUGGCAGGACAGAGCACAUCAUGAACACACUGAACCCCACCUUCGCCAGGCCCUUCACGGUGGACUACUACUUUGAGGAGGUUCAGAAGAUGAGGUUUGAGGUGUUUGACAUUGACAACGCCACGGCCACGCUGGAUGAUGAUGACUUCCUGGGAUACAUGGAGUGUACCUUAGGACAGGUUGUGUCUAACAAGACGUACACCCAACCCCUACUGCUGAAGGAAGGCAAGAGAGCAGGCAAGGGCUCCAUCACUGUGACUGCAGAGGAACUGGCUGGAACCAGUGAACAUGUUCAUCUCACGUUUUUCGCACGCAAGUUGGACAACAAGGACUUCUUCAGCAAGUCAGACCCCUAUCUGGAGAUCUACAGGUGUGACUAUGCCUCUCAACAGAUGGUCUACAGAACAGAGGUCGUCAAAAACAACUUGAACCCAAAGUGGAAGCCCUUCAAGGUCAACAUGCAGACACUCUGUGACCGAGAUUUUGACAAGAAACUUUUGUUUAAGUGCUAUGACUGGGACAGUGACGGCAGUCAUGACUUCAUUGGACAGUUUGAGACAACCUACAGGCAGAUGUCACAAGCUGUGGGCUCACCGGUGGAGUAUCCUUGUAUCAACCCCAAGAAGGCCAAGAAGAAAAGUUACAAGAACUCUGGAGUCAUCACUCUGCAGUCCCUGAAAGUUGUGAAGGAGUACUCAUUCCUGGACUACAUCAUGGCAGGAUGUCAAAUCAACUUCACUGUUGGUGUAGAUUUCACCGCAUCCAACGGGGACCCGCGACAGACCACUUCCCUCCACUACAUCAACCCCUACGCCCCCAAUGAAUACACCAAAGCACUGAUAGCUGUGGGAGAGGUUGUACAAGACUAUGACAGUGACAAGCUGUUCCCUGCACUAGGAUUUGGAGCAAAAAUUCCACCCCAUUUCCAGGUGUCCCACGAGUUCCCUCUCAACUUUAAUGUACAAAAUCCCUUCUGUGCUGGUGUGCAGGGCAUUGUGGAGGCGUACCAGAAUGCUUUGCGGCAGGUGCAGCUGUACGGCCCCACCAACAUCGCCCCCAUCAUCAAACAUGUGGCCAGGUUCGCUCAGGCGGAACAGCAGAAAGGAGGAGGAGCACAGAACUACUAUGUGCUGCUGCUGCUGACAGACGGGGUGAUCACAGACAUGGCGGACACGCGGGAGGCCAUCGUACGCGCCUCGCACCUGCCCAUGUCCAUUAUCAUCGUGGGGGUGGGCGACGCCGACUUCACUGACAUGGAGGUCCUGGACGGCGAUGACGGGCUGCUGAAGUCACCGCGGGGAGAGCCGGUCAAGAGGGACAUCGUCCAGUUUGUGCCAUUCAGGCAGUUCAAAACUGCUGCCCCCUCUGCUCUGUCUCGCUGUGUGCUGGCCGAGUUACCGACCCAAGUCUCCGGAUACUUUAACACCUUCGGGAUCGCCCCCCUCCCCACAGAGCCACCACCUGCCUACCCUGGUCCAUCCCAGUAAAAAAAAAAACAUCCAUGCUGUGUCGCAAAGUUUUUUCUGAUGUGUAGUUACAGUUAAGUGUCCACUCAAGGGGCCAUAAUAGAUUUGGUCACAAUAUACAUUGUCUUGUGGCAGCAUGUCGGUAGAUUGUACUACGCCUGCACGAAACUCAGAUUUUUCACAGCUUUCGGUGGAUGUUUGGUCACUGUUGCAUCAGAAUUUUGCCUGUUGCAGAGGAUACCUUUUCCGACAUACCGGUAACAUCUGGAAACUACAGAUGGGAUAUCUGUAGAUGGUCUGCCAAAGUGCUAUGCACACUACAUUAUGGUUAUCGCACAGGUGCAGUACAUUCUGCUGACAUGCUUAUUAUGGCCAAUUUUAAUUAGGCAAAGCAUGGCUACAAUGACCAGCUGGCUAAAAUGCAGAGGUGGCCAAUAUAAUGAUAUCUGUUUAACUAGUUAAACUGUUAUUCUGAUGUACGGCUUUGGUAUUGUUUUACUACCCAGUACUAUGUUUGCUUUUUCUUCACUGAGCAAAUACAACCUUCAGUGAUUAUUGACCAUAUUAUAGUGAUGAGAUUUGAUAGCACCAUGGAGUUAAGAUACAUUUUAUUUUAACUCCAUGAUAGCACUGAAAGUUGACUUUUCCCACUUGUUGGAUUGGGAGUAUCAACAGUUUGAAAAUGAUUUGGAAUAAGGUACUGUAUACCAAGGACAUUAUAUAGAGAGGUCCUUGUGUAUUAUAUAACCUUGAAAUAUUCAUGGUGGUUUUCUUUUUUACCUUCUUUGUGGUGACUCUCCACUGCAAAAUUAUGACACUGUGAAUAUGAGUUUAUGUGCCCAAGGAAAUGUGCCACAGCAUAUUGUUUUGACAAUGAAUUGAAUUUAAAACACUGCGAAAACAACGUCCUUCAAAGAAAUCUAAUCCAUGCCAAAAAAAAGUACUGUUCAUGUUGCAAGAUGUUAUUCAGGGCUUCAGUGAAAACAGACAACACUUGCCUUUGAGAGUGUUACCAAAGCCUUACAUGUACAUUUUGUGUAAACUGUCGAGCUCCAAAACAUCUUUUGAAUUAGCGGCUUGUUUGACCUACAAUGUAUACGCUAAAAGUUUGUAUAAUCCUACCCAGAAAGGCAAAUUGUCUUUUUGUUUUCUUGUCUUGAAAAUCUUUAUUCUCCAUGAGUUGUAUUCUUUGUUUAUUGUGCAAAUAGAUAAACACUGUACUACAGAUAUCUAUGGAAAAAACAUCAAUAUCUUUUGAUAUCCCAUAAAACAGAAGUCUUAGAUUAUUU